AUGCCCACCGCCAAAGGUAUCGUGGUCUUCUCCGGCGGCAGCGCUGCCAACUCUCUCGUCGAUGUCUUUGAAGCCGUCCGCGAAAGCAAAGACUGCCCUCUAUCCUACAUCAUUCCCAUAAGCGACAACGGCGGCUCCUCUUCCGAGUUGAUACGUGUCUUUGGAGGACCGGGAAUCGGAGACGUGCGAAGUCGACUGGUCCGUUUGAUUCCCACCGAUCCGCCCUCGACCGAACGGUCGGCCAUCUCCAACUUGUUCAAUCACCGGUUGUCGUCCUCGUCCUCGACAGACGCCGCAGAUCAAUGGCAGAGCAUAGUCUGGGGCACAUCUGAACUCUGGCACGGCAUCCCGUCGGCCAAGAAGGAGUUGAUCCGCUCGUUUCUCAACCUGCUGAACCUCGAGAUCAUGAAGCGAGCGAGGCCUUCUUCCACUUUCGACUUCACCUCGGCCAGUGUCGGCAAUCUGUUUCUGACCGGCGCACGGCUCUUCAGUGGCAGUUUCGAAUCUGCAAUCUACUUGUUAAGCAGCCUGUGCGCCAUCCCCGACGGGGAAGUGCGGGUGAUUCCCAGCAUCAAUUCCAACUUCUCGCACCACAUCGCGGCUGGCCUGGCUAACGGCGAGAUUAUCGUGGGACAGAACAACAUCUCGCACCCUGCGGCCAAGACCGCUUUGGAGAUGCCGACAGUGUCGCCUUCAAAUUCUCCGUCCGAUUUUCGUGCCCGCCACCAUGCUGAACACUCUGAGGAGAUUGAGGACGCUCAUUUGCCUGGGACUCUCCCGACGCUACGGCAGCGAAACAUCAAAUUCAGCAAAGACCUGGACCAAGACCUCCCAGCCCGAAUAGAGCGAAUAUGGUACAUCAAUCCCUACGGGCAGGAAAUGCUACCCCCGGCUAACCCACGAGUAAUCUCGGCCAUCAACCAAUCCCAAGCUAUUAUAUACUCUAUCGGCUCCCUCUACACUUCAAUUCUUCCGUCCAUUGUCCUCAAAGGAGUCGGAGAGGCUCUGAGCACGACCCCUGCCCGACAUAAGAUUCUCAUACUGAAUGGAUCCUUGGAUCGCGAGACAGGCCCGAGUUCGGAUCCUUUUUCUGCAUUUGACUUCGUGGAGGCAAUCGCCCGUGCUUGCGAACAGUCCCAGGGACGUCUACCGAGAACUAAGCUUCACACUUCGCGGUCAGCCGACACAUUGAAGACGUCGGCGCCAUCAAGUCCUGCAGCUGCACGACACGGUGAAUUCCUUUUCCCCGGCACAACCCGCCCCUCGCGUGAUGGUGCUCGAGACUCGAUUUACCGCAAGUACGUGACCCAUGUCAUUCACCUGACUGGAGAAGGCACCCCACAUGUCGACCGAGAUCAUCUCGCCUCUCUUGGGAUCGACUGCUUGAAGCUUUAUGGUCGUAAGGGCUCAAAAGGACAGAUGUACUACGAUCCGCAAGCCCUGGUAGGCGCGAUCGAAGCAAUCCUGGGCAAAAGGGGGGAUGCUAUGGCCCUGAGCAGAAGCCGGCGAAAUACCGUUGAUGCCAAUGCCUUGUCUCAACUGCAGGAAGCAAGGACAAAUGCUCGAAUAGAGGCCCUGAAGACUCCGUGA